AUGGCUUAUCGUCCUCAACCUCAACACGAUCGCUACAACAGUCCACAACCGGGAUAUGCCUAUGCAGACUAUCCCCCCAGCACUGGAAGCGUAGUUCCCGACUUGCCUCCUGCCCCACAGCACCAGCAGCGCCAGUAUACCGCUCCACAAGAGGUCUACAACCACCACGAUCACUAUGCCGACUACGAUGCUCAGUUGAACUGGGACUCCAAAUCUGCGAAGUCUUUCCAGAGUAGCUACGCAGGUUCGCAUGCCCACCUCAACCCCCAAUAUGAAAUGAGCCAGGUCUCCUUGCACAACCUCCCUCCAAUCCCUACCAUGCCCUACCAGCAGAAUUAUCCGCCUAUGCAGCAGGGAAGGCCCGGCGUCGGCUGGUCCGCUGCGCGGGAGAUGCUGCUCAAGCAACGGGUGGUGCGCAAGGUCGAGCUCCAGCAGGGCAACCUCAUCCUGGAUAUGCAAGUUCCUUCGCAUAUUGUCCCGAAGGGAAUGGACAACGUCGAGGAAAUGACCAAGCUGCGCUACACGGCCGCGACGUGCGAUCCGGACGACUUUAUGCGUUACAAGUAUUCCCUACGGCCGUAUCUUUACAAACGCCAUACAGAGCUGUUUAUUGUCAUGACCAUGUACAACGAGGACGAGGUCCUGUUCGUGAAGACAAUGAACGCCGUUAUCAAGAACGUAACUCAUCUUUGCGGCCGCUCGCGCUCCAAGACGUGGGGUGUGAACGGUUGGCAAAAGGUCGUCGUUUGCAUCGUAUCUGACGGUCGGAGCAAAGUGAACAAACGAACACUCCAAGUUCUAUCUCUGAUGGGGUGCUAUCAGGAAGGUAUUGCGAAGGACUCUGUGGGCAACAAGGACGUUACGGCCCAUAUCUUCGAGUACACUUCCAAUGUUGUCGUGUCUGAGAAAGGAGAAGUAUCUAUGGGAGCUUGUCCCGUUCAAAUCAUCUUUUGUCUGAAGGAACAGAACAAGAAGAAGUUGAACAGUCACAGGUGGUUCUUCAACGCCUUCGGGCCUCUCAUCCAGCCUAAUGUCUGCGUGCUGUUGGAUGUGGGAACGAAGCCAACUAGUACAUCCAUUUACGAGUUGUGGAAGUGUUUCGACAAGCACUCCAAUGUCGGCGGCGCCUGCGGAGAAAUCUGCGUUGACACCGGAAGAGGUUGUUCUCUGCUUCUUACAAGUCCGCUGGCGGCGUCGCAGAAUUUUGAGUACAAGAUCUCGAACAUUCUCGACAAGCCAUUGGAGAGUGUCUUCGGUUACAUCAGUGUACUUCCUGGCGCAUUCAGUGCGUACCGUUACAAGGCUCUUCUCAACGGUCCGGAUGGUAGAGGGCCAUUGGCAUCGUAUUUCAAGGGUGAAGCGAUGCACGGUGGCUCCAGUGGAGCCGGGCUGUUCGAGCGGAAUAUGUAUCUUGCCGAAGAUCGUAUCCUGUGUUUCGAGAUAGUAACAAAGAAACGGGAGGGCUGGGUUUUGAAAUAUGUGAAGAGCGCGAAAGCGUCCACCGACGUGCCUACUACUGUCCCAGAAUUUAUUUCUCAACGCCGUCGCUGGCUGAACGGCUCUUUGUUCGCUUCCAUUCACGCUACUGUGUUUUUCUGGAAGAUUUGGCCAUCGGGACAGAACUUCUUUCGAAAGAUUAUUCUUCAGCUCGAGUUCAUCUACAACGCAGUUCAGCUACUAUUUACAUGGACGUCACUCGCGAAUUUUUACCUGGCGUUCUACUUUUUGGUUUCCUCCGCUACCUCGAGCACAUCAAAUGCGUUCAACUUCCUGAGCGAUAGCGCCGGACAGGACGUAUUCCAAGUGUUCUUGAAGCUCUACAUUGCGCUUAUCUUCGUCGUCACUGUGUGUUCCCUAGGCAACAGGCCUCAGGGCUCGAAGUGGAUUUAUGCGCUCUGUAUGGUCCUAUUUGGGUUGUGUAAUGUCAUCACGUUGUGGUGUGCAGGGUACACCGUCUACAUGGCCGUUCCGCACACUGUCGCGGGUUGGAAGAACUUCCCUAAUCUUGUGAAGACGAACGCGCCAUUCCGGGAUAUUGUCAUCUCUCUCGCUGCUACCUAUGGCCUAUACUUCAUCGGAUCAUUCAUGCACCUGGAACCGUGGCAUAUGUUCACAUCCUUCUUACAGUACAUGUUUCUUCUCCCUAGCUAUGUGAACAUUUUGAUGAUGUAUGCCAUGUGCAACUUGCACGAUGUGACAUGGGGAACGAAGGGAGACAACGGCUCCGCGAAGGACCUUGGAGCCGCCAAGAAAGUCAAGGGCGAGAAUGGCAAGGAACUCAUGGAAGUGGAACUACCCACUGCCCGGGAGGACGUCGACCAGCUCUGGGCUGCUUCACGUCAGGCGCUCUCUGUCAAGGCUCUUGAAGAGAAGCAGCAUCGAGAUGCAGCGACGAAGCAAGCUGACCACGAUCGUAGCAGCCGUACGAACGUUGUACUUGCAUGGAUUGGGACGAACAUGGUCAUGAUCCUGGUCUUUACCUCGAACCUUUUCAUCCACUGGGUCGACACUCACUUCACCAGUGAAGAUGGGGCGCCGUUCAACCCAUACCUCAGUUUUCUCUUCUACUGCCUCGCUGGCUUGUCUGCUAUUCGUUUUCUGGGAUCGGCCUUGUACCUACUCCUUCGACUCGUUGGUCAUUAG